UGAGCCAAUAAGCGGCGAGCUAAUGUACAUGACGUUAGCCAUUGGCUGGUUCAAAAGGUAGGCUAUUUGAACGCUAACGGUUUGCAGUUUGAUUCGUGUCUCCGGGAGCGGACAGCUGCGCUGAGUUGCCGCAUAACACUGAGAGAUAAUGGCCGAAAGCGACUCGGGUGAUGCCUGUGAGCGGUAUGAGUUUGACGCCCCGUCCGAAGUGGUCGACCUGAAAGAGCUGGAGAAUGCGGAGUACGACGAUAAGUGGUUUGACCAACAGGCAGAGGGAGCGGAGGGUCCCCUUAAAACACCCAUGAGAUCUGAUCUGCCCUUCAGGAGAAGUGAUAUGCACACCCUGCCGAAAGCCAUUGUGAUGCCACAAGUCAAGACGGACGUGGACUCUGGUCCGAGCACGUCUGCAUCUCCACCUCCAAACCUCGUCACGUCCUGGGGGUCUACAGCUCCUGCUCAGAAUGGAGCCCGACCAAAGAGGAGGACCGCUGCUCAAUCCCCUGCCCAACCAUGCAGGGUUUCCAAACGCAAAGGUCUGACCAGCGGUCCAGCCGCACCACCAUCAAAGAAACACAAGAAGAGUCCUGUUGGUCGACCGGCCGCAAAACGCAGCAGUGUCAUCCGCAGGAAUGCACUGCAGAAUUCCAGAACCGAGGCCAGGACCCGGGCGUCAGCAGCAGCAGCUUCCGCUACUCCACACACAGAGCCGAGUACCUCUGAGGAACAGGAGCUGGAGCGCAUCAGGAACCUCCAGAAGGAAGUGGCUCUGCAUCGCAAGAAGAAUGAGGCCAGCUACAAAGCUGCUCUGGCUGGCAAUGUGCCACCAAAGAAGAUGGUCCUGUCUGCGACUGUGCCCAAAGAGUUCCACUUCAACACAAACAACCGCGUUAAAGCGACCGCUUCAUCCAGCACGGCCCACAAGGAGGUGGACUUCAUCACCCAGCUCCGCAAACCCUCCUCACCAGCAAAGGCUUUGAAAGGUGCCACAGUGCCCAAACCCUUCAACCUGUCGACAAGCAACAAGAGAAAGACGGAGGAGCCAGCUGCCUACGUGCCCAUGGCGCAGCAGAUCGAGCAGUUUGAGAAACGAACCCCAGAGCGCUACCAUCUGCGCAGCCGCAGGAGUCAAGAAAGAGGUCCGUCCCCGGUGAAGGGUGACCGCCUGAAGCUCACCCAGGCUCACACCCCACACCUGAUGACGCACCAGAGGAGCCGGCCACCCACCGUGAAGAGCAGCGCUGAGCUGGAGGCUGAAGAGGUGGACAGACUUCACAAGUUUAAAUUCAAGGCCCAGGAGCUGAACAGGAAAAUAUUGGAGAAUGUGGAGGGCCUGAAGAAGCCUGCAGUGAAGGGGCCUACUGUACCCGAAGGCUUUGAGCUGCAGAUUGAAAAAAGGCUCCAGGGGAGACAGGCCACCAAGCCUCAGGAAAGUGAAGAGAAGCAUGCCUUCAAAUCCCACCCUCUGCCCAAAAAGAUCCUGGAGGGGGUCGUGGGACUGCCAGAGAAAAAGGUUCUGCCUCCAACUGUACCAGAAUCUCCAGCUUUUAUCCUCAAGAAGAGGGUUCACGUGGAGCCCAGGGUUGUCGAAGUAAAGCCGCCCUCGCCAAUCAAGGCCCCUCCAGUGCCUCACUUUGGCCUCCCUUUCCAGCCCCGGCUAGCAGAGAACCACCAUGUGGAGGUCUGUCCGUUCUCCUUUGAAGAGAGGGAACGAGAGAGGAGGGCUCUGAAAGAGAAAAGGCUGGAGGAGAUGCGAAACGAAGAGGUACCACAGUUCAAGGCCCAGCCCCUGCCAGACUUCGACACUGUGGUCCUCCCUGAAAAGAAGAAGCUGGGGCCCACAAAGCCCGAGCCCUUCAGACUGCGCCUGGACGAGCGGGGAGCCGUGAAGAAUGCUCGCUGGGAGCACACGGUGAAAGAAGAGCAGAAACAUCAGGAGGAAGCGGCAAAAUUCAAAGCCAGGCCCAACACGGUCACUCAUAAAGAGCCUUUCCAGCCCAAGAAGGAGAGCCGGUCUGCAGUGGAAGGCAUUCACUCCUCCACAGUCGUGGAGGCCUUUGAGCUCUCGACAGAGCGGCGGGCACGAGAGCGGCAGGAGUACGAGCGGCUGGCCAGCGAGAAGGAGGCUCUGAGGUCCAUGAUGGAGGAGGAGCAGAGACGAGAGGAGGAGCAGAGGGCCAAAGAGGAGAUCACCAGGCUGCGACAAGAACAGGUUCACAAGGCUCAGCCCAUCAGACACUACAAGCCUGUAGCAUUGAAGAAGAGUGAAGUUCCCCUCACCAUCCCACACUCGCCAAACUUCUCCGACCGCUUCCGCUUGUGAUCAUCCAGAAGUCACAUGAUCACAUUCCUGCAAAUGUUUUUUAUUAUUUUUGUAUUUUAUGGCACAAGCCUCUGAUGUGUUGCAUCUCUUUCACGUUGUCAGUCAGAAGUGUGGCUGUGAAGUUGUGAACAGAGUGCAUUUUAAUGUUGACCUUUUUAGAUUUUAACUAUUGUUUUAUACUUUCUCUCUUCUUACUGUCUGUGUAUAUUAACUCUCUUUUUCAAAUAAAACCUAUCCAUAUUGUCAUUGAUUAUGGCAUUUUAAUUGAAAUGUGGCAGUGUAACACACCCAACGUCAGCUUUUAAACCUGUCUGCUGAUUUAUUGUGUAUAUAAACGUUCAGUUCAUUCAAA